AUGCUGCACCAGAACUACAGCGCUUCUCAGACUGGCUUUGUGGGCCGCGAACGACUCCUUGCGGAGCCCGCCCCACCUCGGGACCAGGUGACGGACUUUGAGAGGCUAUUCGCGGGGCUCAAGGUCGUCCAGGACGUCAACCGACGCCACCACCUGCCUACGACAGCAGAACAGCUGCCCAUGGACCUGGACGCCAGGCACGAUCACGAGCUCCUCGUCCAGCACAUCCGAGCCGAGCUCCACACGCUGCAGUCCUUCUCCCCCAGCCGGGCUGAGCUCGUCGCCGCUGACCUUGGCUUCGAGCUCGAGUCUCGAGGUCCGGCGUCGACCUUGACCCCGCAUUCGCAGCAGCAAUAUCUGUCCCGCGAUCCGAGAGGCAUGGUGGCCCAACCUCCGGCAGCGAGGACAGGCUCCGAUCUCGAGCACCCGUACUGGUCUGCGCCCGCGCUGCACGAGGGACCGAGCGAUGCGAUGCCGCACCACCGGCCGUCGAUGAUCAGGACGGCGUCCAACCCUUCACCGGCCGGCCAGCAUUCGCCUCCGCUGGGUUUCGCCAGCGUCGAGUCCUCGUUCAGGGCCGGGCCCACGGCCAUCCGAGGCCCUCCCUACGGCCACGAGGACCGCUCUCACCUGCUGAGCAUCGCCGUGAAUGCUCAAGAUGCGCCUUCAGUGCUGCUACAGGGCGGCAGGCCGAUCCACGACCGGGCUGGUCCCUCGGCCUAUCCCUUUUCCGCCUCGCAGGCAGCCAUGCACGGCGCACUGCUUCCUCCUGACGAGCGACACCAGCAGCAGCUAGAACUCUUGGAUCGGCGCCGCCUCGCAGGCAAGGGCAUGCGUCGAGUUCGAAAGCGGAAGAACGAGCACCACCAAGAGUGCCUCGGGUGCCAGGCCAAGGAGACGCCCGAGUGGCGCAAGGGCCCUAUGGGCCCGAGAACCCUUUGCAAUGCCUGCGGCCUCCUUUACGCGAAGCUGAGCCGACGCAAGCAGCAGGAGGCCGAGGCUGCAGCGCGGGCGAGCGGCAAGAAUCCGGAAGACGUCAAGCUAGAGAUGGAGGAGUCUCCCAGCGACAAGCAGGCGAGCCUGGAAGCGCUGCGCGCCGAGCUCAGCCUCGCCAACGGCCUGAGAAACCGCUCCGGCUCCGGCUCGUACCCGAUCGCCUAUCAGGCUGAGGCGGCCUGCUUCGGCCCGCGACCCCACUCGACCGAUCCACGCGGACCGCAGCACUUUGCGCCGUACCCGCCACCGUCGAUGCGCGUGCACACGAGGGCCUACUCGCCCUCGAACCUCCCGAGCCACCAGCACCAGCACCAGCACCAGCACCAGCACCAGCACCAGCACCAGCAACAGCAGCACCAACUUCCGCCUCCGCCCCAGUCGGCGAUGUUGCCGGGCUUUGGCGCCGGCCCUGGACCGCUGCGCCAGCACGGCCCGCUCUCGCACACCCCACCGCAUCUGCAGAACCGCGGACGGGCUCAUACCCUCAGCCACCCGGCCGCGCGCCCGAGUCUGCUGAACCCACUCCACGAGGUGCGACAGCGCUACCAUGCCGACGACGAAGACGUCCACGCCCGUCCUCCGACCCACCUUCAGCCUUCCACCUUUCGCAGCGAUCCCCGCGCUCUCAUCAGCCGCGAGGAAGAGCACCACCAGCAGCGGCAAUACGAGCGCAGGUCCCCCUCGACCUACCCUCGCCCCGCCGCCGGAAGGGAGGACAAAUACCUCAGCAGCAGCGUCCGACGCGAGGGCAUGUCGCGAUCGCCACGCGGAUGGGAGAGCCGCGAUGCCGCCCUCGAGCCGCACCGACGCUAG